ACGUUUUUUGUAAAUAAAAUUUUUGUUUUAUAAAAGUUCUUAGUUAUAUUUAGUGACCCGUUUUUUUCUUUUUCUAUUCAUUUAUUGUGAUAUUUAUAUUGGUGUAAAUUUAUUAAAAAAUGUUUUCGACAUCGAAAAUGUGUUCUUCGAAACUGUUUUCUGCUGUGUGUGGUGUAUUUUUAAUAGGUUUACUAAUUAAUACUCAAGAAAGUUAUGCAAAAGUUACAUCGAAAAUCAAAUGUACAGAAAAUGAGAUGAGCGUUGAAAUUCCACAAUCCUCAUAUAUUCGUUCAAUAUACUUAGAUGGAUUAAAAGAUUAUCCAGAUAAACAUUGUCAACCAGAAAUUGAUUCGAAUAAAGAAUCAUACAUUUUUAAUUUAUCCUUAAUAAAUAUUUUCCAAUGUGGUGUAACACGAAUGACUCACCAGCUUACGGGUAAACGUGUGUAUUAUCACCGUAUUAUAAUCGAAACGAAUGAUGCAAAUAUAUCGAAAGAAAUAUUAUAUGUUAAAUGUUCGAUUGCAAGUCAAGAAUAUCCAAUUGAAAAAAAUCAUACACUGACAAAACGAAAUGUGUUACCAGCUGGAUUUCAAGAACCAGAAGAUUUAGAAAUAACAACGACAUUAUUUAAAAAAGCCCCAGAACCAAUCUUAGGCGUUAAUGUACGGCAAGGUGGUGUUCCAUUAAGUGGUGGACAAUUACAUGUUGCCCCUGGUACACCAUUACAAAUGGAAAUAUUUCUAGAUAAUGUUUCAGCACCAAUUUACGGUCUUUUGGUUACACAUAUGCAAGUGACAGAUACUGGAAGUCAAGAGGAAACAAUCAUUUAUAAUGGAUGUUCCAUAGAUCCAUACCUUUUUGAUAAUUUUAACACGGUCGAUGGUGAUUUAUUAACAGCUAAAUUUCGUGCAUUCAAAUUUCCAGAAUCAACAUAUGUUCAAUUCCGUGGCACUGUCAACGUUUGUUUGGAUAAAUGCAAAGGGAUUGAAUGCAGUAAUGGAGUGAUCGGUUACGGACGACGCAAGCGUGAUAUCUCAAGUCUACCACCAGAUCCAAAUAAAGUGUUUGAAAUAACAAUCACAUCAUUUAUAAAAGUCAAUUUUGAAAAUGAAACAAAAAACUUAGAUGAAAUUAUUGAUAAACAAAUGCACACGAAACAUCGUAAAUUUAUCACGGGUCCAACAGAUGAUCAAGGUGAAAAUAUUGUUGUCAAAGAGGAUACGGGUAUGUCCGCAAAACAAUUGAAUUUAGGACAAGGUAGUAGUAUUGAAGAAGUACAGUAUACAGCAAUUGUCGAAGAAACAUUAAAUAGUGCUUCAACGAACUAUUUUAAUGCGAUUAUGUUAUUGCUAUGUUUAAUGUUUAAUACAUUGAGAAAUUUAUAAUAAAGAAAUUUUAAAAAAAGAACUUUUUUAAGGUGAUUUUAUACCGAUACGAGCGCUAUCUAAUAGUGCUAUAUAAGAACUAACCAAAAACGUAAUGACGCUUGACGCUGAUUUUAAACGUUAAAUUAGGGUUCCAUACAAUUACGCCCAGCGUCAAGCGUCAGCAAUUGUAAAAAUGAGUGACAAAAAAGUUUCGUGGCGCUGACAUCUUAGCUUUAAAAUCGAAUAUCUGUAAAAUAAAUAAAAACUAAUGCCAUAAAGUUUUGGUAUGACGUCACCUUGAAUGGAAAAAUUCUUUUUUAUGAAGUUUUUAAAAAAAAAAAAAACAUUCAAACUGGCGUGUGUUCAGUUAUUAACGCUUAAUAAUCAAUAAUAAUAAUCUAAUUCGAAAUAACUCUAAUUGAUCAAACGAAAUACUUUAACCCAAGAGCGGGUAUUUCGAAAAAUGUGCAAUUUCGUAUAGGCAAAUGUUUGUACAGAUAAUUCCUGAACACAAUGUAAAAUUUGUUAAAUGCCAUUUAUAUCCUAGGGAAUAGCGUACAAAAAUGAAAACGACGUAAAUUACAAUGAUCACUUGAAAGUCGAAGAUUUUUUAUCUAGGCAAUUGUUUUUACAUUGGAGUAGGGAGUAAGGAGGCGUUGAUACAUUUCUAUGUUCGAUAAAUUUCCUGCUGCGUUUUUUUAAAACCAUAAGUCAAAUAUGACGCCAUCAUGCUCAUUUGAAAACGCAAUCUUUUCGAAAAAAAAAUCCUAGAGGAAAGUUUGAUAAACUCGUCAAAAGAAAACCACUCAUGAAGUUUCAAAUGCCUAUGUAUUCAUCAUUUAAUAAAAUCGUGGUGUCCCACGGUUUAAUUGAUAAUUAUUUCGUUAAAAGAAAAUUCUACCAUCUCUGUACUUUCAGUUUUGUAUUUCUAAGGCCUCUUGGAUUACCUCAGACUCUCGUUUAGGCCGGCCCUUAUAAAAUGACAUCCAUUUUGAAUGCUAUUUCCUAGAAUAUUCAACCAAUUUUUAAUUUUUCAAGUUUUAUUGAGAGUAUGUUCUGAUAAACAA